GAGAGUGUUUGUCCCUGCAGUUAAGCCUACACAGCGAUGGAACAAUGUAGUUAUCAAGGGAUUAAAAUAAAACAAACAACCAAACUCUUUUUCUUAUAUUUAGUGAAGAGAGUAGGACAUUUCCUGUUUGGCUGGCUUGUCUACAACUUAAACUAUUGAUUGAACCUCGCUUGGAAUUCCUGGCUGCGUGUUUUAGCAUGGCGGAACUUGGAGUUCACAGAAUCCUUCUUUUGGUUGUUUCUCUGACAAAGUGUCUGGAGGGCACAAAACUGCUGGCAAACCUUAAAAAAUGUGGUGACCUGGAAUGUGAAACUUUAAUAAGCAGAGUCCUUGCCAUGAGUGAUUACAGAGGACCUGACUGUCGAUACCUGAACUUCACCAAGGGAGAAGAGAUAUCUGUUUAUGUUAAACUCGCAGGAGAAAGAGAAGAUUUGUGGGCAGGAAGUAAAGGGAAGGACUUUGGAUAUUUUCCCAGAGAUGCAGUCCAGAUUGAAGAAGUGUUCAUAUCUGAGGAAGUUGAAAUACCAACUAAAGAAUCUGACUUUCUUUGUCUUCUUGGAGUAAGCUACAUGUUUGAAAAUGAAGAUAAUGAGUUAAAUGAUAAUAGUGAAAAUAUAUAUCCAUAUGAAGAAGAUGAUGAACAAAAAUCUUAUGUAUAUGAAAAUGACUUCCAGUUAGAACUUGGCUUUUAUGCAACUUCUGAAAGUACUUUGUUUGAAGACCAAUUGUCAGCAUCAGAGGCUCCUGAAGAUACCAGAAGCAUGAGCAAAUCCAAAGAGUGGGUAGAAGUAGAAGCUGAAAGUCUGGGACAGGAUCAUAUUCCGCAAGUGGAUCAUGUCAUCCUGCCCUCAGCCGUGCCCGAAGGAAAGGGGUGGUUUGGGUUGGGAAAAGAACAUGCUGAAGAGAUGUCUUUUGAAUCAACUAUUGAACCCACACAAGAAAGCUCACUUCUAGGUAGAAAAAUAGCAAUGGAAGAUGAGAAUGAGAGAGAAGAAUUGAGGAACAGAGAUCUCCAAACAGAACACACACAGGAACCUGAAUCAGAAUUUGAUUCAGUGCCAAAGGAACAGUCUGAACUAGCAUCUGAGUCAGAGCACGUUCUUAAACCGCCAGAUACUGGGUGGUUUGGUGGUGGAUUUACAAGUUACUUAGGUUUUGGAGAUGAGGAUACAGGGCUUGAAGUAUUGCCCAAAGAAAGCAAUCCACCACUACAGGAUGUCCCCAGUUCCAUAUCAUCCAUUGAAGAAUCCACAGUUCCAUGUAUAGAAAUAUUACCAGAAAAAGAAGAUGCAAUUAUUAAUGAUAGCUCCAUUCUCCAAUCAAGUUGGUUUGAUUAUGGUUUUGGUAUGUUAGGCUUUGCAUAUGCCAGUGAAGAUAAAAUCAAAUCAGAUGGUGGACAGCAUGAGGGAGAUACUGGGGGAGAUGAACAUGAACGUCCUCUAGCAAGUGACUUUGACCCUGGUAAGGAACAAGAAAUAAAAAUGAUAAACAGUAUAGAAACGGAAGAUCAAAUAAAUGAAAGAGUCUUAGAGGAAACCGAUCAUUCUGAUACUUUGCCAUAUUUUAAAAAGUUCUUAAAUAAUUUUGGCAACCCUUGGAGCUCCCAGAAGAUUCCAAAGGAAACAGAAUUGCAAUCUCCACAACAGACACUGGAUCAAAAGAAUGUAGUUGCAAAUGAUGAAACAGAAGAAUUUUCAGUUGAAAAUUACCCCACAGGUAAUACGCAAGUUAUGUUGAAAAGCAAAUACAGUCAAUCAGAUGUAGUCUCUAAAACAGAGUUGCCUAUAGGAAUUCAAGAAGAAGCACAUCUUAAAACUUCAUCUUCUAAUAAUGAUGGUGAAGCAUCAAAACUAUCAGUAGACACGGAAGUGAUUGCUCACAUGGAAACAGACAAAUCUGUGGACGAUACCCUGCUAAACAGUCAGAUGGUUGCAACUGAAAACUCUUUGUUGGCUCAAAAAUACUUUCCUCAAAAAGCAGAAGAUGCUUCCAAGUUUCAUAUGCUGAGAUAUUUAUUUCAAAUUGUAUGUGAUUUCAUGAAUUCUGCAUUGUCAUCUAUCGUAACUCUAACUGAAAUGGUUGUGGCAACAUUGCCUGAAGAUAUGAGACCAGGCCCUAAUCCCUAUGGGUUUCCAUGGGAAUUGGUGAUAUGUGCAACUGUUGUUGGAAUUUUUGCUGUUCUCUUGUUUUUGUGGAGAAGUUUUCGAUCAGUUAGAAGCCGGCUUUAUGUGGGAAGAGAGAAAAAGCUUGCUGUAAAACUUUCUGAACUAAUUGAAGAAAAAUGUAAACUACUUGAAAAAUUUAGCCUUGCUCAGAAAGAGUAUGAAGGCGUAGAGACACAUUUGAAGGAUGCCAGCUUUGAAGAGUCAACAGAAGUACAAAGUUUGGAGUUUGUUGAAGGAUCACAAAUAUCAGAGGCAACCCAUGAAAAGCUGGACAGCUUCAAAUCUAAGCUUGAGGAUGAAGUACUCUUUUUAGAAAAACAGUUAGAAGAGGAGAAAUCUAAACAUUCUGAACAAGAUGAAUUGAUGGCAGAUAUUUCAAAAAGGGUACAGUCCCUAGAAGAUGAAUCAAAAACCCUCAAAUCACAAGUAGCUGAAGCCAAAACAACCUUCAAAAUAUUUCAAAUGAAUGAAGAACGACUUAAGAUAGCAAUAAAAGAUGCUUUGAAUGAAAAUUCCCAACUUCAGGAAAGCCAGAAACAGCUUUCACAAGAAGCUGAAAUAUGGAAAGAAAAAGUGAAUGAACUUAAUAAACAGAAAGUAGCGUUUGAAGACACUAAAGUACAGGCAGAACAAGUUCUAAAUGAUAAAGAAGAUCACAUCAAAUCUCUGACUGAACGCUUGCUAAAGAUGAAGGAUUGGGCUGCCAUUCUGGGAGAAGACAUAACAGAUGAUGACAAUGUGGAACUGGAAAUGAAGAGUGAAUCAGAAAAUGGUGCUCAUUUAGAUAAUCAUCCAAAAGGAGCUUUGAAGAAAUUGAUUCAUGCUGCUAAGUUAAAUGCUUCUUUAAAAACCCUAGAAGGAGAACGAAACCAAAUUUACACUCAACUAUCUGAAGUAGAUAAAACAAAGGAAGACCUUACAGAGCAUAUUAAAAAUCUCCAGACUGAACAAGCAUCUUUGCAGACAGAAAAUGCACAGUUUGAAAGUGAAAUUCAGAAGCUUCAGCAGAAACUUACAGUAAUGACUGAACUGUACCAAGAAAAUGAAAUGAAACUCCACAGGAAAUUAACAGUAGAAGAAAAUUACCGGCUAGAGAAGGAGGAGAAACUUUCCAAAGUGGAUGAAAAGAUCAGCUAUGCAACUGAAGAGCUGGAAACCUAUCGAAAGCGAGCCAAAGAUCUUGAAGAAGAAUUGGAGAGAACCAUUCAUUCUUAUCAAGGGCAGAUUAUGUCCCAUGAAAAAAAAGCACAUGAUAACUGGUUGGCAGCUCGAACUGCUGAAAGAAACCUCAAUGAUUUAAGGAAAGAAAAUGCUUAUAAUAGGCAAAAAUUAACUGAAACAGAGUUUAAAUUUGAACUUUUAGAAAAAGAUCCUUAUGCACUUGAUGUUCCAAAUACAACCUUUGGCAGAGAGCAUUCCCCUUAUGGUCCCUCACCAUUGGGUCGGCCUUCAUCCGAAACGAGAGCUUUUCUCUCCCCUCCAACUUUGUUGGAGGGUCCACUCAGACUCUCACCUUUGCUUCCAGGGGGAGGAGGAAGAGGCUCAAGAGGCCCAGAGAAUCCUCUGGACCCUCCGGUUACCAAUGAGAGAGGAGACUCAAGCUGUGACAGGUUCCCUGAUCCUCACAGAGCACCUUCUGACACUGGGUCUCUGUCACCUCCCUGGGAACAGGACCGGAGGAUGAUGAUUCCUCCACCAGGCCAACCAUAUUCUGACCCAGCUCUUCCUCCACAAAGGCAAGAGAGAUUUUAUUCUAAUUCGGGUAGAUUAUCUGGACCAGCAGAACUGAGAAGUUUUAAUAUGCCUUCUUUGGAUAAAGUGGAUGGGACAGUGUCUUCAGAAGUGGAAUCUAGUAGAAAUGAUACCAAAGACAAUCUUGGCAAGCUAAAUGUGCCUGAUUCAUCUGCUCCUGCUGAAGGUGAAGCAGCUCACCCUGGCUUUUUCCCUCCACCUCCUCCUCCAAUCAGAGGGCCAUUGUUACCAAUGGAUCCAUUCAUGAGAAGAGGACCUCCUUUCCCACCCCCUCCUCCAGGAAGUGUGUAUGGAGUUCCUAGAAAUUAUUUUCCACCAAGGGAUUUCCCUGUUCCUGGCCCACCACCUCCUCCAUUUGCAAUGAGAAAUGUGUAUUCUCCGAGGGGUUAUCCUUAUUAUCUUCCCCCAAGAGCUGGAUUUUUCCCCCCACCCCCACAUUCUGAAAAUAGAAGUGAGUUCCCUGCAGGGCCGAUUCCUCCUUCAAAUGAGCCUGCUACUGAACAUCCAGAGCCACAGCAAGAAGCCUGAUAAUAUUUUUGAUCUCUCUACAAGAGUAAUCUUGACUUCUCUCACCUUUUCAGUUUAAGUAACUGCUGUUACUUAAGUGAUUAUACUUUUGCUCAAAUUGAAGCCUAAUGGAAUUAUAAUUCUCAGGAUAGCAUUUUGUAAAUAAAGAUGAUUUAAAUAUGAA